GUUCAACCAAAUCCGGAUGCUAAACAUGAUAACGAUAAGCCAGUUACAUCACCCCCAUAUAACCCUCCUCCUCAUACCGGUAAAACCGAAACUAUACAAAAUCCUGUCCAUAAAACCAGAACUACCAUACCGUCAGACUACGAUAGUAAAACAAUAACUGCAUUCGUAACUAAAGUAGUUACAGUAACCGUUACAGUAUAUGUUCCAGGCUAUACAACUACUCUUACUGAUUACAAGAAUGGUGAACCAAUAUCCUAUGAAACUUACUAUCCACCAAGUACUAAGAUUAUCUUGGAAACUGUCACUUCUGUUGCACCCGCUGGUUUUGAAUUUGAAGAGAGUAAAGAGAGUAAAGCAAUAAAAUUAGGUCAUUAUGGUUUGUUUAAUCGGAAUAAUGAUGGUUUAGUUAGUGUAGUUUUAAGUUUAUGGGUUGUAAUGUGGA